ACGGGCACAGGAGCCAUGUUCCCGUCUCGGUCUGCCCUCUUCUGUCUCGGGCUGUGUCUGCGGCAGGUGAUACAGGCUCAGGACGGGCCACUGCCCAAGCCCACCCUCCGGGCCCUGCCCAGCCCCCUGGUCCCCCUGGGCAAGCCGGUGACCGUCCGCUGCCAGGGCCCCCCCGGCGUGGACUUGUACCGCCUGGAGAAGCUGAGGUCCGGGAAGUACAUGAAUGUGGCCCCCCUCAGCAUCCCGGCCAUGGAGCAUACCUCUGCCGGGCCGUACCGCUGCUCCUACCAGAACGGCAGUCGCUGGUCCCUGCCCAGCGAGCAGCUGGAGCUGGUGGCCACCGGAGUUUAUGAGAAGCCCACGCUCUCGGCCCAGCCUGGCCCGGAGGUGUCCCUCGGAGGGGACGUGACGCUCCAGUGCCGGAGCCAAUACGGUUUUGACCAAUACGCUCUGUACAAGAAGGGGGACACUGGGCCUUACAAGGGCCCUGAGCGGUGGGACCGGGCCAACUACCCCAUCAUCACGGUCACGGCCGCCCACAGCGGGACCUACCGGUGCUACGGCUUCUCCAGCAGCAACCCGUACCUGUGGUCCGCCCCCAGCGACCCCCUGGAGCUCGUGGUCACGGGGACCUCUGGGACACCGAGCCAGCCACCCACAGAAGCACCUUCCUCUACAACACGGCCUUCUAGGGAUACCACCAUCUUUUCAGGGGGGCCAGGCUCUACAGCUGAACCUUCUAGGGACACCACCAUCUUUUCCAAGAGGCCAGGCUCUACAACUGGCCUUGCCCAUCAGGACUACACUAAGGGGAACCUGGUCCGGAUAUGCCUCGGGGCUGUGAUUCUCUUACUCCUGGCGGGCAUCCUGGUAGAAGAUUGGCACAGCCGGAAGAAAUUCCCGCUGCACUGGGUCCCGGCUGUCCACAGGCCACUCCCACCCCUCCCACGGGCUCAGAAGUUACAAAGUGGUCAGGACAGGGGUCGACCAGUUGGCCAUCCCCAGGGUUUGCCACCAUCAGAACCUCAAGAUGUGGUUGUACCCAAGAGGUCAUGAGAGCAUGGAGGGGACUUGGCGUGCGUGCGUGCGUGCGUGCGUGUGUGUGUGUGUGUGUGUGUGUCUCUCUCUCUUCUUGGUGCUCCGUCAAGGAGCUGUUGAGUCAGUGUCUAUUUGGCUUUCUGAUUGCUUCUCAGCCUUUA